CUGUAGCCACCCUUCAGUUUUGACACCAUUUUUAUCCCCUCCCUCCCUCCAUCUUUCCCCCACAUUUCAUUUCAUUUCAUUUCCACCCUCACUCACUUACUCCCUUUCUCUCUCUCUCUCUCUCUCUCUCUCUCUCUCUCUCUCUCUGCUCUCCUCCUUCGCCUAUCACAGCCAAAACAGAACUAGAACAAGGAGAAGGAGAAGGAGAAGAUCCCAUUCCAAUCUUCCCCACAUAUAUACUCUGAUCUCUUCCCACUUCCUUCACAAUCAUUAAAACCCCAUAAAAAUGGCGCUCAUGCUCGAAAGCCCACCGUUCGCCGCCGACCAGCAGGGGCUACUCCUGUCGCUAGACAACCACAAGUCCGUCCCGGCGCCGUUCCUGACCAAGACCUACCAGCUGGUCGACGACCCUUCCACCGACCACGUCGUCUCCUGGGGAGAGGACGACUCCACCUUCGUCGUCUGGCGCCCUCCGGAAUUCGCACGUGACCUCCUCCCCAACUACUUCAAGCACAACAACUUCUCCUCCUUCGUCCGACAGCUCAACACCUAUGGUUUUAGGAAGAUCGUACCGGACAGAUGGGAAUUCGCCAACGACUUCUUCAAAAAGGGCGAAAAGCACCUCCUCUGCGAAAUCCACCGCCGCAAGACAGCUCACCCACCACCUCCUCCUCCCCCGCCGUCGCACCACCACCACCUCGCCGGAUUCUUCCCUUUCUCCGACCGGAUCGACGACGAAGACGACAACCACCUCUUCCCCUCCCACCACAAUCACAACCAUAGCUACUGGGACUCCACUCCGCCGCCGCCGGCCGGGAACACGGUGACGGCGCUGGCGCAGGACAACGAGCGGCUGCGUCGGAGCAACAACAUGCUGAUGUCGGAGCUGGCCCACAUGAAGAAGCUGUACAACGACAUCAUCUACUUCGUCCAGAACCACGUCAAGCCCGUCGCACCUCCCAGCAACCACCAUACGACGCCGUUCCCGCCCUUUCAUUCCAACGGCGCCGUUUCCUCCCACCACCACCAUCUGAAGCCGUGGAACCAGCUGCAGCUUGGCUACAAUAGUAACAACGCUACUACUACUACCGGCAGAACGUCACCCAGCUACAGCAACAGCGGGAACUCGCAGAGCACGGUGACGAUCUUGGAGGAGAUCCCCGGCAACAAAAACGACGGCGUUGAGAAUGGUUCAUGCGGCAGGACGACGAAGCUGUUCGGGGUGCCGAUCUCGAAGAAGAGGGUGCACCCGGACCAGUACUAUGUGGAGAAUGGCAAGGCGGUGCAACGGUUGGUGUUGGAGAAGGAUGAUUUAGGGUUUAAUCUCAUGCCUCCUUCCGCUUGUUAAGUUAGUGAGUUAGUUAGUUAGUUAGUUAGUUAGUUAGUUAGAUUCCCUUUGAUGAGUGUUAAUUUGAUUAGUUCAGUAUGAUGAUGAUGGUGAUGAUGGGUUUUUGGUGCAGAAUCUUUCUUAGAACCCGAGCUAAUUAAUAUGCUGUAGAUGAUCAUGAGAUUAUAUUGAGAUCUCUUCUAAAUUCGAUCGGGUUCCUCUUUUUUGUUUUGUUUGUUAAUGUUUUGGUGAGGAUGAUGAUGAUGAUCGUAGAUUGUCAUCCGAUCGAUCACGGUGGUUGCUUUAGUGGAAAAAGCAAAAAAUGUGGAUGGCUUCUUUUUCUUUUUCUUUUGUGUACAGAAAUAUAUGCGACUUUUCUUU